CUUCAGUCUUGAUCUCGGAGGUAUAUCUGCUGUGGUACUGAAUGGCUACGAUGCAGUGAAAGAAUGCCUCGUUCAUCAGAGUGAAAUCUUUGCAGAUAGGCCGUCUCUUCCCUUGUUUAAGAAGCUGACAAACAUGGGAGGAAGCCUCAGUCACCUCGACAUUUUGUAGAUGCAUAUUUAGAUGAGAUGGAUUGCAGUGAAAAUGAUCCAGAAUCUACAUAUUCAAGAGAAAAUUUAAUUUUCUCUGUUGGAGAACUCAUCAUAGCUGGGACAGAAACCACAACAAACGUUUUAAGAUGGGCAGUGUUAUUUAUGGCUCUUUAUCCGAACAUUCAAGGGCAAGUUCAAAAAGAGGUGGAUCUAGUCGUUGGCCCAAACAAAAUGCCCACCUUUGAAGAGAAAUGCCAGAUGCCCUACACUGAGGCGGUUCUACACGAAGUUCUGAGGUUCUGUAACAUAGUCCCCCUAGGGAUUUUCCAUGCAACUUCCAAAGAUACUGUAGUGCGUGGCUACUCGAUUCCUGAAGGCACCACAGUCAUUACAAACCUCUACUCCGUUCACUUUGAUGAAAAGUACUGGAGCAAUCCAGAAGUGUUUUUUCCUGAGAGAUUUUUGGACAGCAAUGGGCAGUUUGUCAAGAAAGAUGCAUUUAUUCCUUUUUCACUAGGAAGAAGACAUUGUCUUGGAGAACAGCUAGCUCGAAUGGAAAUGUUCUUGUUUUUUACUUCAUUACUACAACGAUUUCACCUGCAUUUCCCUCAUGGAGUGAUUCCAGACCUCAAACCAAGAUUAGGAAUGACAUUACAACCACAGCCUUACCUCAUCUGUGCGGAGAGACGGUGAAGAGAAAGGUCAAGAUUGUCAGGUGGAGCACAGUGCUCCAAGUUGCAGCUAAAGAUCCACUUUACCUUCUAUUUCUAAACAUGUUCAUGCCAGAAAGGCAACUUAAAGGACUUGCAGAUAAAUUCUGGCUGUUUAUGCACAAGUAAAUAGUUUCUUUUUACUUGGUUUUCACAGAAAAAAGAAUGGAACCAGAAGUGUGGAACACAUCCUGUGUAAAACUGAUGUUUUCACUACACAGGUCUAUUUGGAAUCUAACUUCUGAUAUGGUUUUUAUAUAUUUAAUUACUUAGCAAGCCAUUUUACUUUGAGAGGAUAUUUUUAUAAGCAUGGAGAAUAUGGUUCAAAAUGUUUAUCCAUGGCAAUCUCAUUUACAUUAUUCUUUAUAAUUCUCCUUUAAGUUUUCAUAGCUAAAAAGGUUUAAAAGAUAUAUUUAAAUUUCUGUAACCAAGAAUAAACUAUCUUUUCCAGCCUUGACAGAUUGUCUAUUAAAGCAUUUUAAUCCUUCUUUCUCCUUGCUCUAUAUUCCUAGAUGGUCAUAAUUUUCUAGUGAAUCAGGUAACUGAAUUCACUUUCAGGAUCUUUUAUAACCUCCUUCUAAUUUAACAAAGGACAAAAAGCGUUCAAUUAUUGCCAUAAUCCUGACAAUUACAGGAAUCUUUUUUGCCGUUAUGUUGCAUUUCCAGACACGUGUCCUCCAUUGCCUCCCCACACGAAGCACUAUGUAAUGAUUAAUCUCUUCUUAAAUAGUCUGAAAAAACCCAGAGUUUAUGUUACCAGUCACAUGUAACUGUACUAUGAGUAGAGAAAAUAACCUGCUCAUUGUUCUGAUGAGAAAAGAGAGUUUUUGGGGAGGGAGGUUGGAAUAGGAUGGAGAGAAACACCUUAAAUGCAUUUUAAGCACAAAUAUUAGGUGUAGGAGCUACUCUUGACUUCUGCCAGCUUCAUCUUCUAUUCUUAACAGCUAUUGCUUUGUGGUUAUUGGUAGAUAAAGAUUCGUGUCUGCAGACCCUGCAGGAGAACCUGGUACUCUAAAUACUGCUUGUUUGGUCCCUGCCAUGUGGGGAGAGAGGGCCUCAAACAGGGUUCAGAACAAAACACACACUGAGUAAGCAGCUAUUUGAGGACAAGGCUGAGUGUUGGAACUCAGUUUUUAUACAAAUAAUGCCUCAACUUGGAGCUGCAGGAAAGUUGAAAGGCAGGAAAUGGUGUUUUUCUGCUGACCCGAUGUUUUCAGAAAUACUUCCUUUCUUUUGAAACAGCAAAAGAGAAGAAUCAGAGCUAAUACCAGUUCACUUAUAUAACAGCCUAUUGACUUCAGAUGCAGCAGGUCCAGAUUAAUUUACUCAUCUGAGGGUAGUCACACCCGCCUGUCCCACAGCAAGCAGCUCAAACACUUAUUCCUCAUGCUCUGAAGAGGGUGGGCAGGCUACUCCACUUGCUGAAUAACUAACUGCCUUUCCUAGAGAGGAUUUAAAACUCAAGAGAGGAAGGGUGGAGUCUGACUGCUGUGCACUGGGCACACUAUGAAAACCGUGAAUAAACCACUCCUAAGACACUGGCAAACAGUGGGGCUUAGGAGUCUGACUGAGGCAUUUCUGGGUACCUGCAUAAGUAGAUGUUGGGUGCUUGUGAAAUGAAAAGGUAAAAAUUGUGGAAUCUAGUGAACUGGGUGCCUUCAGUAUAAAGCAACAUUGAGGACUUCAAGCUACAGUUCUGGACUCAUGUUAAUUCUUUUUAUACCUGACCCUGUGCUCUUAAAUCAGACAGCCAGAGUUUUGUCAGUAUCUAGUCUUGCCUUCCUUCUAGGUUGCAGGAGCUCUAGGCCAUCCUUUGGUUAAAACAUGAUUCAAAUAUUGCUACUUGAAGUGUUGGGAGGAUUAAAAAACAUCAAGUUCUUGCGGGUGGCUAUGCUCAAAAUGCAGCUGGCCAGUUAUAAUUCCCUUUUGCUGAGGUAUUUUGAGAUCUAAGUCCUGACUAGUCUUUAAUCCAUUUAAUGAGAACCAUAUUGAUUAUAUGUCAUUCUGGUUUCUAAAUCAAAAUGCCUUGUAAAAGCCUCAGAAUAUCAAUCCAAACUUUUACCAUUAUCUGCCAACUUACAGUCUCGUUUAAGUAAUCAAAUACAUUUGACAAACUGUCUUUUCUAUAAAUCUUUAUCAGUUUUAGUUAUAUCUGCCAUUUCAUCCUGUAUCAACUUUUUCAUUAUUUUCCCUCUGACUUAGAAUUAUCCUAAUCAUCCAAUUUAAUAAUUUGUAAUACUGACAUAAGAAUAUUUUCCAGUCCUCUGGAAUUCUCCAUUGUAUCAACAUUCAUUAGAAAUGAAUAUCAAUAGCCAGAUGUUUGGAAUUUCCUAGUGAGUUUUCAAAGGCUAAAAUAUCUAGCAUAGAUAGCAGCUGGCUGCUAUUCAACAUUGUUUUGGAAUUAAAGGCUGAUAUAUUAACCAGUAUAUCUUUUUCUGGUGUAGAAUUUAAGGAUGAGAAAAAACAUUAAA